UAUCGUAUCAUUAAUCUAUAUAUAAUUCAUGUAUUACCACGCAAGUCAUCAUUAAUCUUAAUUAUUUUCGAUUUGUACAUUUGAUAUCCUGGUCUGCCAUUAGACCAAAAAUCUUCAAGUUGAAGUAGCCAUGGCAGGUGGUGGAUUUACAGACGCAGCAAAUCUAAAAAGAGCUCAUCUUUAUGAGUAUAAAAUAACUACUUAUUUCAUUUUUGCAUGCAUUAUUGGAUCUUCAGGCGGGUUACUGUUUGGCUAUGAUCUUGGUGUUUCAGGUGGAGUUACUUCUAUGGAUGAUUUCUUGAAGGAAUUUUUUCCUGCUGUGUAUGAGAAAAAGCAUGCACAUCUUCAUGAAACAGAUUACUGUAAAUAUGAUAACCAAAUUCUUACACUUUUUACUUCUUCCCUCUACUUUGCUGCUCUUUUUGCUGCAUUUGGGGCAUCGUAUUGCACCAGAACUAGAGGCCGGAGAGUUAGUAUUCUCGUCGGAGCGGUCAGCUUCUUCAUUGGAGCACUCGUCAAUGCUUUUGCGAAGAACAUCCCAAUGCUCAUCGUUGGGCGGUGUUUUCUUGGCGGGGGAAUUGGAUUUGGCAACCAGGCAGUUCCAUUGUAUCUAUCAGAAAUGGCACCUGCAAAAAUCAGAGGAGCAAUCAACCAACUCUUUCAGAUGACAACAUGUAUAGGAAUAUUAAUUGCCAACUUUAUAAACUACGGAACUGAACAGAUUCAUCCAUGGGGAUGGAGAUUAUCUCUCGGCCUAGCUACCGUACCGGCUACUAUAAUGUUCGUAGGCGGUCUAUUCCUCCCGGAAACACCUAAUAGUCUCAUCGAACGCGGCUUGUUAGAAGAAGGAAGAAAAAUAUUAGAAAAGGUUAGAGGUACUUCACAAGUUGAUGCUGAGUUUGAUGAUCUUGUUGAUGCUAGUAACGCGUCGAAAGCCAUUAAACAUCCGUUCCGUAACCUUCUUAAACGAAAGAAUCGCCCCCAGUUGAUAAUUGGAGCACUCGGGAUUCCUGCAUUCCAACAGCUGACAGGAAACAAUUCUAUUCUGUUCUAUGCUCCUGUCAUUUUUCAGAGUCUUGGUUUUAGCACGGGCGCGUCGUUGUAUUCCGCUGUGAUCACCAACGCGGCGCUUGUCGUUGGUGCGGCUAUUUCGAUGAGUUUGGUCGAUAAAUUCGGCAGACGGGCUUUCUUUUUGGAAGCUGGAGCGGAAAUGUUUGUUAUUAUGGUUGUAGUUGGUGUGACACUGGCAGUAUAUUUUGGAGAUGGGAAGCCAAUCCCGAAAGGAACUGGGGUUUUCCUUGUGAUUAUAAUUUGUUUGUUUGUUUUGGCUUACGGACGGUCGUGGGGUCCGCUCGGGUGGCUAGUUCCGAGCGAGAUUUUCCCGUUGGAGACGAGAUCAGCCGGGCAGAGUAUGGUGGUGUGUGUUAACAUGAUCUUCACUGCUUUGGUAGCACAAUGUUUUCUUGUGUCACUUUGUCAUCUAAGAUAUGGAAUUUUCUUGCUGUUUGCCGGUUUGAUUUUGGUUAUGAGUGCUUUUGUGUUCUUCCUCUUGCCGGAAACGAAGCAAGUGCCGAUCGAAGAGAUUUAUCUUCUGUGGGAAAGUCACUGGUUCUGGAGUAAAAUAGUAGGAGGUCAAGAGAAGUCUGUAUCAGAUGUCUAAAUUCUUCUGAAAUGUAAAAUUACACGAAACUUUUGUUGUGUUUUAAUACAAAUUCUGCAUAUUUCUGCUCAAACAUUUUUAGAAAUUUAGUCAUAUUUAUGUUUGGCUAUAUGAACAGCCUAAAAAACAGACACCCAAGGGAGUGCAUAAACUCCAUCAGACCAAUUUAUCAACCCGAUUCCGUUUCUAUGUAUAUUCAAUUUGAUCCAGUUUGAAUAUUAAAAACCAAAAUCGAAUUGAUUUUUUCUUU